AUGGUCAAGGCCACCAGUGUUAAAGACGUUGACCAGCAUGAAGCUGUGAAGCAGAUCGCCCACUUCCUUAAGAAGAGCGGAAAGGUAAAGGUGCCCGAGUGGUCCGACAUUGUGAAGCUUGGUGCUAACCGCCAACUAGCUCCUGUUGACCCUGACUGGUACUACAUUCGUACCGCCAGCAUUGCCAGACGCCUUUACAUCCGAUCUCCCACUGGAGUUGGCGCGUUGCGCACUGUUUUCGGUGGUAAGAAAGGAAGAGGAUCACGACCAAACCACUUCUCCAAGGGAUCGGGAUCUGUGAUCCGCAAAGCCCUCCAGACUCUCGAGGCCAUCAAAUGGGUCGAGAAACACGCUGAUGGAAAGGGCCGUGUCCUCUCCAAGCAGGGACGCAAAGAUUUGGACCGCAUUGCAACGGAACUCCGUCAGCACGCAAAGCCAGUUGAACUCUAA